CAUCUCUUUAUUACACGGGGUGUUGAAAUCCAGGGUGCUGUUAUCAUACCAGAAUCUUGUGAAAGCUCUUUAAGAAGAAGGGCACUCUGUUCUUCUCAUACCACUCCUUGUUUUUAGAAAAUAUCUCUUAGACUGAAUUUCACCGUUCUGCCAUAUUUCUUUCCUGACGCAGCUUGGUUGACAGCUGGUAUUCUGGUGUGGAAUGAACUGAUAUUCUAAACUUCUUUUUAGGUUUGUAUGUAUAUAGGUUGUAACUGUCCCUUCUCAAAGUGUAAAUCUAGUAAAUUUUAUUUGCUUUUUGAAAUUGAUAGAUCUCAUUGGUAUUGUGGAGAUGUGUGGUAUCUGACAUGGCUGGACUGUUGCAGUGGAUGAAUAUUGGCUCUAGGAGAGCAGAUUUUGGCAUGUUCAGAAAUGUGCCUGGAACAGUCUGUGGGAGACCAUCCUGGACAGGAGCGGGGUAUGGGAGAGAGAGUUAAUUUUCAUUGGUCGCCUUCUGUAAGCUCAGGAAGACCGUUCCGAUGAGCAGGAAAACAAGCAAAAGUGGUAGGAAGUCUGUGUAGAUGAACAGGUGCUCCUGAAACACUCAGACAAAAAGGAAGCGUAGAGGAGGAUGGAGUGUUGACAGUUGACAGGGGAGUGCCCCAGGAACACUGUAUGUAGUUAAGAAGGUCAAAGCCCAUUUGGAAUUGAAUCUAGGAAGGGCUAAUAAGGACAAAAUGAUAAUCAGUAAGUAUAUCAGCAGCAAAAGACAGACUAGGGAAAAUUUGCUUUUGAGUGUGGCAAAGAGAAUGCUGAAAUGGUGACAGAGGACACAGAAAAAGCAGAGGUACUGAAAGCCAUCUUUGUCUUGGUCUCCUGUUACGGCUGGUCUUCAGCAAUCCUGGGUCCCUGAGAUCAGUGGGAAAAGUCUGGAGAAAAGAGGAACUGCUUUUAGUGGAGGACGAUCAGGUUAGGGAACGUUUAAAUAGUGUGAACAUAGACAAGUGCAUGGGACCUGGCAGGAUGGACCCACAAAUGCUGAGUGAGCUGGCUAGUUUUACUGUAAAGCCACUCUUGGUUAUCUUUAGAAGGUCUCAGUAAUCAGGGGAGAUUCCAGAGAACCAGAAUAAAGGUAAUACCACAUCUUCCUUCUUGAAGAUAGGAGUUGGAAACUACGGGCUGAUCAGCCUCACCUAUGGGGGUAAUGGUGAAAAUCCUUCUGGAAACCAGCUCCAGCCAGAUAAAGGACAAGAAGAUGGUGUGGAGUUAUGGAGGGGAAAUUGUGCUUCAUCAACCUGAUAGCUUUCUACAGUGAGAUGAAUGGCUUGGUGGCUGGGGUGAGCAGUGGAUGUUGCUUGUCUUGACUUUAGCCAGGCUUUCAGCGCUGUCUCCCAUAUCCUCAUGGACAAGUUGAGAAAGUAUGGACUGAAUAAGUGAACGGUGAGGUGGACUGAAAAAGGGCUGACUUGCCAGACUCAAGGAACAGUCAUCCGUGCUAUAAAGUCCAGGGGGAGGUAAUUCCCUAGUGGUGUAACCAGACAUUGAUACUGAGGUCAAUAAUACUUAACAUCUUCAUUAAUAACCUGAGUGAUGGGACAGAGUGCUCCAUCAGCAAGUUUGCAAAUGAGACAGAACUGGGAGGAGGGGCUGAUCCAUCAGUGGAUUGUUCUGCGAUCCAUAGGGACCUUGGCAGGCUGGAGAAAUGGACAGAGAGGAACCUUGUGAAGCUCAGUAAAGAGAAAUGCAGAGUUCUGCCCCUGGGGAGGAUUCACCUGUGCUGCUGUACAGGCUGUAUGGGGGCCAAUCAGCUGGAAAGCAGCUUUGAAGAAAAAGGCCCUGGGGGACCUUGAUGGACAAGCUGACUCCCUCAUGGCAAAGGCAUUACUCUUUUAGAUAUCCUUUAGCUGGUCACUGACAACUUUGGAAAAUGUGUAAAGUAAGAAUCAGGACCUGGUAAGGUACUGUAGUACCACUGAUGAAUUCUCACAAGCAGAGACAGCGUGGUGUCAAAGGGAAAUGUGACAUAAAAGCAAGCACUUAAAACUUUUAAGCAUGUCAGCAACAGCUCAAGUGCAUGCGACAACAGAAUAUGUAAGUAAAUAAAUCUUUCUCCUGUGUAAAUACAACCCUGCAACCCUGGAGAUAAUUUGCAGCGCUCCUCCUCUCCCUCUCAUUCUCACUUCUGCUGAAAAUUAGUCGGUAGAUUACAUUUGUCUCUAAUGUUUGUUGUCUUUACUGCUAGUAAUGACCUUCUGCUUCAAACUGCUAUCAUUUAUUUGUGCUACCUGUGCCAAAUGGAGUUUUGCUUUGCUGUGUCUCUAGUACUAGAAGGCUCUAGCACUGAAAUGCUGCUCCUCCCCUUACACAGCUGUAGCUCCAAGUAGGUGUUCCUGCCCUGCUGUGUUUUUGAUUUCAGUUGACAGCUGUUUCCAUCUUUUUUUUUUUUUGAGGAAAGGUGCUGAAGAAUUCAGGCAGCGUUUUUGGGCAUUCAUGUUUUUGUUGCACAAGUGUUCAUUCAAGGAGUGAGCAUCGUUUUGGCCACUUUCCCGAGGGAAAAUCUUGAGUUCUAUCAAUCCAGCCGGUUUGGCUUAAUUCUGUUAACUUUCCUUUGUAGAAUCAAGAGUGCCACUUGCAUUGUAACAAACAAACCCCUCUGCUCACAUGAGCUGCUCUUUCUGUGAGUUGCUUGCUUAUCUCUUCAGUCUGUUUCUGUUUUCUUUCUUCUUCCAUUGGCUGACAUGAACCCAAUUUUGCCAGAAUGAAGUGUUGGCGUGGUUUUAUUUUGUAUUUAUUUUUAAAUGUAGGGCUGAGUGGAUGAGGCUUGAUUAGUUUUCCAGUGAGAAAAUGGCUCCAUUCAAGAUGUAUAAGAGAAACCUCUAUAUGUUCUUUGAUAGUAAGAAAAGCUUCAAUUUAAGGCUGGAAAUUGCUGCUAAAUAGAAAGUUGUAGGCUCUGUUAGUGCUGAUGCUCAUGGAAUUAUUUGUCUCAUUGAAGCGCUGUUAAUUAGGCUGGCUUAACUGAGCAGUAUUAAAAGUCUUGCCAAGAUACCCAUAGAGACAUCGGGUCUGCAGUCAAACCCUGCUAUUACAGCAUGUUGUGGGGAUGUUCUGCUGUGCCCUGGAUUGCCUCAAUGCAGGAGCUGCAAUGAGUUUCAGCUGUUACAGCUUUUCAAAUAGAAACUGAAUUCUGUUUGAUGUAAUACAUUGGAAAACAUUUCUGAUUGGUGUAGGCAUUUCUGAAUGGUGAAGCCAUAACAAAUAUUGCUAUAUAUAUUUACAGUUGCUGAACUCUAUUCCACACGCUCUUGAUUCCCUCUCUUCCCUGUGGACUUUUUGACAGGUGAAACAAAUACAGCAGAAAGGAGUUAUUGCUUGACUGCAGUAGUGCUCAAGAGCAUUCAUGUUGUGCCUUGGAUAAAGGAUGAGCAGUUACUGCAAGGGAGUAGGAUGUACUGAGCAGGCAGGGGUCGUUAUGUUCUGUAGUUUAAAGGAAAAAAAAAGCCAAGAAAGCACGAAGUUCAAAGAAACUCCAUUCACAUAACUGCACUUUAUGAUUUGAUCAACAAAAUGGUGUCAUGCAUUAGAAAUUGUCAUGCAAGCUAGAAACAGGGCUCCCGGUUUGCAUUUAUUUUAAGUGGUCUGUUACAGAACCAAGAGUGCCUUUAGAGGUAGAGGUUGUGUAAUUUGUUUGUUGCACAGUUGUGCUUUGCACGUCCAGUAAAUAAAUGCAUCCAUCCCUGACAGUGGGUGAGGUGAGGGCUUGCAAGCCUUCCAGUGGAUCCUCACCUCUCAAUAUCUUUUUAAUGAUCAUUUUGUCUCUUAAUCUUCUGUCUUUUUAUUGUGUUCUUCUAUUUUUUCUCAUUUGUGAUUGUGAAGGAUCUCUUGCAAGGACAACUGUUGCAUAUGAGAAGGUUUUUAUCAGCACAUCGAUGUUUGUUGCAUGGCUCAGCAGCUACAAACUGGCUGAGAAAAAACUCUGCAGUGAGACACCUUUUCAGUAGGUCUUGCCAAGAAUUUUUUGGACUAUACUAGGACAGAUUGGGAUCUCUUCUGUGGAAUGUAAUCCUGCUGUGUUUUAACAAAUGUGUCUUUAAGUGCUUUUCUAGGCUUCUGUCUGACUGUUGGUUUUAUCACAUUAACGAACAUUCAGCAAAAAAGAAUGCCUUUGGUUUAGAAGAUGUUAACGAUAGGAAAAUGUAAUUAUGAAUUGUGAUAUGCGCUAUGUGCGCUCCAGCACUUACAACAGAGAAAGAAAAAGAAACCCCAACCAACAAAAAACAAAACAAAAAACCUCCCACAAAAUGGAGAUGCUCAUUUCCAAGAAUGGAUCACAGCCUUUCUUCCAACUUGUGAAGUUACGGAAACUUGGACUAAGUGAUAAUGAAAUCCAGCGGCUCCCUCCAGAAAUAGCGAAUUUCAUGCAGCUGGUGGAACUGGAUUUGUCUCGAAAUGAUAUUCCUGAAAUACCAGAAAGCAUCUCAUUCUGCAAGGCACUACAGGUAGCAGAUUUCAGUGGGAAUCCACUAACUAGGUUGCCCGAAAGCUUUCCUGAAUUACAGAAUCUAACGUGUCUUUCAGUAAAUGAUAUCUCUCUGCAAGCACUACCUGAAAACAUUGGGAAUCUUUAUAACCUGGCUUCACUGGAACUUAGAGAGAAUUUGCUGACAUAUUUACCCGAAUCACUUGCCCAGCUACAGCGUCUAGAAGAACUUGAUUUAGGAAACAAUGAACUUUAUCACUUGCCAGAAACAAUUGGUGCACUUUUCAAUCUUAAAGACCUCUGGUUGGAUGGAAACCAAUUAGCUGAAAUACCUCAGGAAGUAGGAAACCUGAAAAACCUGCUUUGUCUGGAUGUUUCUGAAAAUAAAUUGGAAUGCCUUCCCGAAGAAAUUAAUGGUCUGACUUCUUUAACAGACUUGCUUGUUUCUCAGAAUUUACUUCAAGUCUUACCUGAUGGCAUUGGAAAAUUGAGGAAGCUGUCAAUUUUGAAGGUUGAUCAGAACAAACUUAUUCAGCUAACAGAUUCAAUUGGAGACUGUGAAAGCCUUACUGAACUAGUUCUAACAGAAAAUCAGCUGCAGAUACUACCGAAGAGCAUUGGAAAACUGAAGAAGCUGAACAAUUUGAAUGCCGAUAGAAACAAAUUAACAUCUUUGCCCAAAGAGAUUGGGGGAUGCUGCAGUCUUAAUGUGUUUUCUGUACGUGACAACAGAUUAUCUCGAAUUCCCUCUGAAAUUUCACAAGCCACUGAACUCCAUGUCCUGGAUGUUGCUGGAAACAGGCUGACGUAUCUUCCCCUCUCACUGACCACCUUAAAGCUGAAGGCUUUGUGGUUGUCUGAUAACCAGUCCCAACCUUUGCUGACGUUUCAGACUGACACAGACCCUGAAACAGGAGAAAAGAUUUUAACAUGUGUAUUACUUCCUCAAAUGCCUUCUGAGCCUGGUUGCCAAGCAGAUAACCUGCCGCGAUGUGGUGCGUUGGAGAGUUUGGUAAAUGAAAUGUCAGAUGAGGCAUGGAACGAACGGGCAGUGAACAGAGUCAGUGCAAUUCGCUUCUUAGAAGAUGAAAAAGAUGAAGAGGAUAAUGAAAUGAGAACACUUCUAAGGCGAGCCACUCCACACCCUGGAGAAUUAAAGAACAUGAAAAAGACAGUGGAGAAUUUACGGAAUGAUAUGAAUGCUGCUAAAGGACUGGAUUCAAACAAAAACGAGGUCAAUAAUGCCAUUGACAGAGUGACCACUUCUGUGUAGAAUUUCAUCUCCAGGUUUUACCUCCUGUGUCUUCCCCUGCUGUUGUAAUGUUCCUGUCGUCUUCUGGGACCUCACUGAGCCCCCUUUUUGUUUUUAACCAGAGCCUGAUUCAUCGUCUCCAUAUAUGUGAAAAGUACUACCCACUGGAAGGAAGUGCCUUAUUUCAUCCAGGCAGUGAAUCAAUCAUUUCCAAGUCAAUAUUGUAAUUUUAAUAGUACUAUGGUUUUUUAAGUAUAAUACACUACUGUAUGCAGAACACAAUAUUUUUGUCAUAAACACAGGGGAAAUAAUGCUUUUCUUUUCCAGAGUGCUGGGAUAUCUUCUUCCCAGUGGCUGGACGUGCUGGUGAGAAAUUUAGUUUUGUGGAAAAUUGAUACACUCUCUUGGUUUUUUUUUUUUGUUUUUGUUUUUGUUUUAAUUUUUUGGCAGCUCAGAUGGUGUAAAUUUUAAAAUUUUGUAUAGAACUUUCAUAACAAAAUGAUGUAUUUCAUUUUUAAGAGAAAAUUUAUCUUGAGCGGUACAUAUUUUAGUAUUUGUGGAAGAGAACAAGUUUCAUGGACAACUGUAUUCAUUUCUCUGUACCACCCAUUGUGCCUUAUUGUGUCUCUAUGUCAUUCUAGUCUUAAAACAGCAGUUCUUGAGGAAAGUGAGUACAUUUAAACUUGGUCUCCUGUUUUAGCUGUGUGUUUCUUUUCAGACAGUAAUUUGUUGAGAUUUUUACAAAAUGGAAUUUAUGUUUAUACCAUGGGAUUUUAAUUCACAAAGCACAAAUGUUAGUUUUGUUAUAUAUGGAAUUAAGAUUAAAAUGACCCAACUGCUAUUGUUUAUUACGUUAUGCACUCACACUUUAACUUAGUUGUAACGAAACAAUUUGUUUUGGAUGCAGUGUUGCAUUGCAGUCACUAGAAAUUCAUGCUUUUUUUUUGUUUUCCAAAUGUGCCAUCUGUAAAAAUAACUUCAAAAGCAGCACGAUAGACUUUCAGAAGCACAGUAUAAUUCUAGUUUUAUGUAUUACACAAGAAAGCAUGAUUCUUUUAAGUGCUUUGGUGGUUUUAUACAAGUUUAUAAAACCAUAAUAAUAAUAACAAUAAAAGAAAUCUUUAAAAGCUUCAA